AUGAACAAACCAGCUUCAACCUUCACCGCGCCCCUUCCCUCCCCCCGCUUCCCGCCCCCGCCUGCCCACCUUCGCAAUAGUUUACCCUGCCUCCGGCUGGGCACCGGCCGUGGCUCAGCUCGUCCCCCCCACCCUGCGCUGCUGCAGAAGAAGCCGCGGCAAGUGCAGUUACAGGCGGGAGCCUCGCAACAAGCCCGAUCUAGCACUAGCAGUCAUACUGGGCAUGCUCAGUGCGCCUGCAGCGCGGUCGGGUCCGCCUCCCUCCUCCCCUCGGGCUCCCGAGGCGCCCGGACUCCCGGCGCGGCGGCGGCGGCGGAGGGGGCGGGCAGGCCGGCGGGCGGUGAUGUGGCGGGACUCUUUGUGCACUGCGGCAGGAUACGCGCUCGGGCGCCGGGACGCGGCUGCGCUCAGAUCUCUCCUCUCGGAAGCUGCAGCCAUGAUGGAACCGCGGGGGCAGCGCCCUCGGGGAGCCGGCCGGCCGGCGGCGGCGGCAGCGGCGGCGUUUCUCGCCCCCUCUUCGUCUUUUCUAACCGUGCAGCCUCUUUCUCGGCUUCUCCUGAAAGGGAAGGUGGAAGCCGUGGGCUCGGGCGGGAGCCGGCUGAGGCGCGGCGGCGGCACCUCCCGCUCCUGGAGCGGGGGGGAGAAGCGGCGGCGGCGGCGGCGGCGGCCGCAGCUCCGGGGAGGGGGUCGGAGUCGCCUGUCACCAUUUCCAGGGCUGGGAACGCCGGAGAGUUGGUCUCUCCCCUUCUACUGCCUCCAACACGGCGGCGGCGGCGGCGGCACAUCCAGGGACCCGGGCCGGUUUUAAACCUCCCCUCCGCCGCCGCCGCACCCCCCCUGGCCCGGGCUCCGGAGGCCGCCGGAGGAGGCAGCCGUUCCGAGGAUUAUUCUUCUCCCCAUUCCGCUGCCGCCGCUGCCAGACCCCUGGCUGCUGAGGAGAAGCAGGCCCAGUCGCUGCAACCAUCCAGCAGCCGCCGCAGCAGCCAUUACCCGGCUGCGGUCCAGAGCCAAGCGGCAGCAGAGCGAGGGGCAUCAGCCACCGCCAAGUCCAGAGCCAUUUCCAUCCUGCAGAAGAAGCCCCGCCACCAGCAGCUUCUGCCAUCUCUCUCCUCCUUUUUCUUCAGCCACAGGCUCCCAGACAUGACAGCCAUCAUCAAAGAGAUCGUUAGCAGAAACAAAAGGAGAUAUCAAGAGGAUGGAUUCGACUUAGACUUGACCUGUAUCCAUUUCUGUGGCUCUGCUCCCCUUUGCCUUUCUGUCACUCUCUCUGAUAACGUGGGAAUAGACGGAUGCGAAAAAAUGUCCGUAGUGUGGGUGACUCUAACGUUUAACCCUGGUCGGAUUUCUAGAUGUAUAUUUUGUGUCUCUUUUGAAUGCAUUCAGCCUAGGGUGUGUUCGGCUAGACGGAACUCUUGCCUGUUUGCAAGUGUCAAGGCACCGAUGGGUCUCUUUCUAAGGGCUAUUGUCCGCAGAAUCCAGAACACUGUUAGUGGAUUAGUGAGCUCGGUAAUCCGGUCUACUAAAUGA